AGCUGGCAAACAGGUGGUGGGAUGGAAACAUGGGGUUGGGAGGAGUCGACUCGACUCCAUCCCUUCGCCUCUGUAACCCAGGCGACGACCAUGGUGGUUUGGAUCCGCUUGGACCCACUAAAAGAGAGCAGAAGCUCAUGGACUCCACAAUCAACACCAACAGCGAUGGUAGCAAUAGCAGUCCCAACAACCUCGAAGACGACGAGAGCAGAGACAACAACAAUGACCUAGAUACCGAAGACCAAAGUGGCGGUGGCGGCGGCGGCGGCGGGGGGGGCCACGAAAUCUUCGAAGCCGGUACCGGAAGGAGGUCACGUGGGCGACCACCGGGGUCCAAGAACAAGCCGAAGCCACCAAUAAUCAUCACCAAAGAAAGCCCCAACGCUCUUCGAAGUCAUGUUCUCGAGAUCAACAGCGGUAGUGAUAUCGCCGAGAGCCUCAAUACAUUCGCUCGCCGCCGACAACGUGGGGUUUGCAUCUUAAGUGGUAGUGGUGUCGUCACCAAUGUGACCCUACGACAGCCAGCUUCGCCGGGAGCUGUUGUAACCCUACACGGACGCUUUGAAAUACUCUCACUCUCUGGUGCUUUCCUACCUGCGCCUUCGCCAGCAGGAGCGACGGGGCUGACGGUGUAUCUGGCAGGAGGGCAAGGGCAGGUGGUGGGUGGGAGUGUCGUGGGUCCAUUGGUUGCGUCAGGGCCGGUUAUGGUGAUUGCCGCGACGUUUACCAAUGCGACUUAUGAGCGGCUGCCGCUAGAAGAAGAAUCCGCCGGUGCCGGAGAAGGAAUGCAAACGUCGGGGGUGAAUUCGGGAUCGAUUGGUGUUUCAGUGUCUCCUCAUGGUGGUGGUGGUGGUGGUUUAGCAGAGGCAUCUACCAUGCCUAUCUACAAUCUGCCCCCAAAUCUGGUGCCGAAUGGUCAGAUGCCACAGGAUGUUUAUUGGGCUAAUCCUCGUCAACCUCCGUCUUAUUGAAACACUUCAUCAACAACUGUGACAUGUAACAGACUAACAUCCACAGACAGAGAGAAAGUGAAAGAGAGAGAGA